CAAUUCCUUUCGAUAAAAAAGAUAAAAAAAACUUAUUUGUUAUGAAUCUAAAAUGUAAAAGCAAUUAUGAAAACAUAAUAAAAAAAGCUUGAAAUUGGGAAAAAUUGUGAAAAUUUUUGUAAAGGCUAGAAAACUGCAGUUGCGUAUGGUGGUAAAAGCGUAAUACAUUGGAUUUACCAACUAGAAAACGGUCGUGAUAUUCCCUUAAAAAAAAAGAAGAAAAUCUUCCUAUUGCAUAGAUAUCCGCUUCAAAGCAACCCCCUUCUUCUUCUCCAUAAUCUUCUUAAUCAAAUAAGACUGCUUUAAGUGACGGAAUCAUAAUCAUCAUGUUAACAUUGUAUUACGUGAGCGCUACAUUUUUACAAUCUUGGCGUAUUAGUAAAAUAUGUCAGAAGAUUACAGAACAAUUGGCUUCCCAAGCUAGUAUAGCGUUUUACGCAUUACCCACGACUUCCGAUGAUGGAUUUGAUGCCUCGAUGGCUACUUCAGAGUUGUGUGCAAAUCGUCAAGUGGCCAAGGUUUCAGAAAUUUUAUGGCUACAUGGCAAUAACAGAGGUUGUUGUGUUAUGCCUCUACAGACUUUGUUAACAACUCCCUGGAUUUCAUUUCCCGAGGCACCUGGCCUGCAACCAUUUGCAUUUAACGAGCCUUCGGAGUCUUUAUUGCGCAGCUUAAGCUUAGACAAAAAUGGUCUUAUACGUUUGCUGAUCGAAACAGAAAUCCAGCCUUCAUAUGAUAAUGUUCAACAGCAGGAUAUUGUUAGGAUUGAAAAUUAUGGUAAGCUGCUUGCCUGGAAAAUAGAUUCCCACCUAGCGGUGCUUAUUGAAACCGAUAUUGAGCACUUUACAAAAUUAUUAAUAGACACCUUUUUACAAAAUCAUUUUCUUAUCAAUGAUCAGCUACCCUUAUUAAGGAUUGAGUCUGUAAAAAAUGAUGGUGCUCCUCAACCCUAUGAAAAGUUAUCCAGUCAUUUACGCAAGCCCGUACGUAGUAAUGAGCGUUUGAAAUUGGAGGAUUGGUCUAAACAUUUAGAAGAUCUAAGAGCUGUAAGUGUUUUGGCAAAUCAAGCUACUGAAUAUGUUUAUAAUAAGCAUAAAACUGAAGGCAAGACGGGUGUUAUAAAGCCCGAUUUAAUACCACAAGAGAAACGUGCCGCCUCAGCAGCUGAAAGUAAGAAAUCAAAAGAAUCUCCCAAGAAAACAGAAUCAUCACCAAAGAAACUACAAGUAGAUGCUAAGAAAAUCGAUAAUUUGGAACAUAUAACCAAAGAAUUGUCCUCUAAGUCAAGUCCAGAAAAGUCCAAACUAUCCAAAGAUACGGAUAAAUUUAUAAAAACUGAAAAAUUGGCCAUGCCAGCUAAAACUGCUGAUACAACAGCAACUACCUCGGCUACGGACAAUGCAAAUAGUGCUUCUCCCAAAUCCCAUCAAAGUCCUAGUAAAUCAAGAGCCAAACCCACAGAAAUUAAAAAACCUGGUGUCAUUGACAGCGGACGUUUUAAGACGGCAAAAUUAGCUGAUACACCCUCAACAUCGGCAACUGCAGCUGAAACUAGUGAACUGGAAAAAAUUGCUGCUGCCAAAUUAGCAGAAAAAUCUAAAUUAAAAUCGCCCAAUUCCCAAGACACUGACAAAACUGAAAUAAAAUCAAAUGCUUCCCAAGCUAACGAAGCUUUAAUAACAUCUUCCACCUCUCCAGAAACCUUAAAAACCGAGCAAAAGUCUAACAUUAUAAGCACCACAGUCCCUGUAUUAGCUUCAACAUCUACUAAUAUAACAGCCAAGUCUGAUUUAACAGCAGCAGCUGCUUCUGCUUCAAGCAGCACCCCUUCUGCUGUCAAAGAUAAUGCCAAACGUCCUAGUUUAAUACGUCACAAAGAUAGUCUAACCGAAUGCAAACCUCUAAAUGUAUUAGUUUAUGCUGAAACUUCAACGGCCAAAGAAAGUGCUGUAAGCACUUUAAAAGAAAUCUUAGCUGAUAACACUUAUACCAUUUAUCCUUUAACUGCACAACAAGUUGAACAAAAGCAUUGGCUCAAUACCACCGCAUUAUUGGUCGUGUGCGGCACAGUUCCCAAUACAAUUGGCGAGCUGUUUGUCGAUUAUUUUCUAAGGGGUGGCAAAGUUUUAUCAUUGUGUUCUGAUAUCUUACACUUUAUAUUGCCCACAUAUCGUACUGCAGAGGUGCGUGAACAUGAAUUGGUACAAUUUUCUUAUGACAAAUGGCAAAAAGUCAAAAUGAUGCAUCACAUAUUCUGUUAUCAACCCUCUCCGGUUAAGAAAAACUUUUCCACGGACAGUGAUGAUUCCGCAUAUACCAACAGUCGUAAACCAGCUCUAGUGUGUCCACCAAGGUCCAUUGAACUCAAGGAUUUGAAAGGUGAUAUGCACCAGCUAGAUGUUAAAGUUUUGGGCACCGAAGAAACCUGGAAUACCCCUAGUCUAUUGCUAGCCAAUAACACAAAGAGUGGUGGCAAAGCUGUCUUUUCACAAGUCCACUUGGAAAUAAAUCCCAGUGAAUUUGAAGCUGAUGAAUCUAAAUUUUCCAUACUCAAACAAAACGACAAAAUACGUCAUGAAAUAUUUGCCGACUUAUUGAAAAAUCACUUAACCUUAAGUGUGCAAGGUAAUAAGUCAACUGCAAAUGGUUCAGAGCCCAAGUUGGUUUUCAAAAAUGCCUACUUUUUGGGCAGACAUGAGGCCAAGUUUGAGUUAUUGGAGAAACUAAAGUCCAGUGUUAAUGGUGAUAAUGUUUUAACAACACCCAAAUUAGCAAUGAAAUUUUGUGGUCCUGAUGAUAAACUGCCAAAAGUCAAUUCAAAUAUACUUCCGAUUUUAAUACAUUCCUGUCCCGAAGAUUUUUCCACAGUAGACUAUUUUGAGAAUCUUAAAACUUCUUAUAUGGGCCGUUUAGUUAUCUAUGCACCCAUUGUGAAUAGUUCUCAGCAUGUUAUUUCGAAUUUGGAAUUAACGAAUGGCAUUGCGGUUAUACCACGCCAGCAAACUGAUGGCAUGGGCCGUAGUAACAAUCAGUGGCUUAGUCCUUUGGGUUGUGCUAUGUUUUCUAUACAACUUCAUAUAACACUUGAUACUCCGCUGGGUCAACGUUUACCUUUAAUACAACAUAUAGUGGGUGCAGCUAUGGUCAAUUCAUUAAAAAAUCAUCCUUUGUAUAAGGUCCUCAAUCUCGGUUUGAAAUGGCCCAAUGAUGCCUACGCUAAUGGCAUCAACAAGAUUGGAGGUCUAGUGGUCAAGACAACACUUAUGGGUACAAAUGCUAUCGUAAAUAUAGGAUGUGCCAUUAAUUUAGAUAAUCGUAAGCCAACGAUAUGCAUCAAUGAUAUGAUACGUGACUACAAUAGUGCAAAUCAACAAAAAUUACCUUCAAUUAAAUAUGAAAUGAUAUUGGCGUUAAUGUUUAAUGAAAUUGAACGUUUAGUAGAAUUAGUACAAACCGGAGAUUUUGAAAGUUUUUAUAAGCUAUAUUAUGAUUUAUGGUUGCAUAGCAAUCAAUCUAUCUCAAUUUGUGACCAAGAUGGUUCCAAAAAAGAGGCUAAAGUUAUUGGCAUCGAUGAAUAUGGCUAUUUAAAAGUCAAAUUAACAAAUGGUAUCGUUGAAGUAGUACAACCAGAUGGUAAUAGUUUUGAUAUGUUAAAAGGUUUAAUUAUACCAAAAUUCUAUUAAGUUAUUUUAUUUUUUUUUAAUUUAAAAAUCCAAUUCUAACAUAUUUAUGCAUUUAAGUGAUA